UUUCUUUUUGGAGUUUUUUGUCUUUGUUGGUUGGUCGGUUUGCAUUGGUCGGUGAAGGGUGAAGGGUGAGGGGGGAAAGGAAGGAAGGAAGGGGGUGGAAUAACCCACUUAUUUUACUACACCUUCUACCUACUCACCUAGCUUAGAAGGUAUAGACAGUGUGUGGGCCAGUGUGGGCCAGUUGAUGACAGUUACGAUAUGAUCUCCGCUUUUCUUUUUUUUUUUGGCUUGGUUUUCUGGUACAUACACAUUCGGCCUUUCUUUGGCGGGUUGGCGGAUUGUGAUAGACGGGAGGGGAGGGUGGUGGAUGGGAGGUGGUGGAUGGGAGGUGGUGGAUUGGAAUUGGGGGAUGAUGGAGAUGGGAGGGGAUUGGUGGAGAGUACAUAUUCUCAUACACACAUAACAAACAAAUCUCUUGCUCGUUUGCUAUCAGGUGGGAAGGAGGAGGAUGAGGAGGAGGAGGAAGAAGAAGAGUUGCAAUUACGCCGCUAUGAUACAUUCCCAACCCGUCCGUCCAACCAAUCCAAAAUCAACCCAGUAAUCAUACACCCUCGCCCUACUCUUUGCUCUUGUUCUCAUCCUUCUCCCUCUCCUGCAGCAUCUUCCCCUCCCUCUCCAUCCUCUCCCACUUCUCACGCUGCCUCUCCUGGCCCUCCCUCCGCGACCUCACUCUCUCCAUAUUCUCCUUCCACUUCCUCGUCUUCUCGAGCUUCUUGGCCCACAUCUUGGGCACCGUCUGCACCUUCCGCAGCAGCGGCGGCACCUUCAACGUCUCCUCGUCCAGAUCUUUCCCCUGCUCGUCGCGUAUCGUCCCGCCGAACUUGAGCACCCGCUGCUGCACGUUGCUCAGCGCCUUCCACUCGACGAAGCGGAAGUUCGGGUCCUUCUCCGUGCGGCGGAGGAUCAGCUGCCAGCUGGAGAGUACACGAAAUUGGUGGUUAGUGCUGCG